AUGGCACCAACACACUAUAAUAAGCAAGACACUUGUUUUAGCAAGUGUGGGAAAAAAAUAUUUGGUUCUGGCCGGGGAAUUAUUCUUGAGAGUGUUAUUCCAUGGCAAUUGGGAAAACUUAAUGACAUGCAAAGCAACGUUUGUGGUGAACGCAUUUUCGGUCCCUGUGAAACACGUAAAGCAUUAAUCUGGGAAGUGAUAUCAUAUUAUAUUCAGAUCGAGCUACACAUGGAGAAGCUAGCAUCCACGGUGCUAGAGGAGUUGUUGAGCAAGUUCAAGAGGGAAGGGGCAUAA